UACCCAAGUUCACCCGCUUUACAACAGAACGACGAAGAAGAUGAAUGGCAACAUGUAGCGUACCCAGUUUUUAAUGGUACUAACCCCCGAAAUUGGAUAUCAGAUAUGGAGAUAGCAUUUAUAGCCAAUACCAUUGGAGCCGAUGCAAAUUUAAGAAAAAUAGGCCUAGCAGUACUACAUUCGGAGCUGUUUUUAACUAAAUACGCCAAUGAAGCCAACCGAACGCAAGCAUCACAGCAAGCAUAUCUCAGAAUGCAGAAAGUAGAGGAAUCAGUUGACGAAUAUUAUAACUCUCUUCAAGAAAAAUGGAUCGAAAUAGGAGCGGUGGACGCUAUGCCAGAACGGACAAAAGUAAAUAAAUUUAAUCCCAGCAAUCCGCCAAAGGCUUCUGGUAGACGUGUUAUAGGAAGAGACUCCGUUAAAAAGCUUGCUCAGUAUAUUAAGGAAACCGAGGAAGAUCCUGACCCAGAGGAAAUAUACAAAUUAGCAUAUAAUUUAGUAGAAAGCGGCCCCACGGAAAUAUCUAAAUCCUCACGUCACAAAUUACUUCAAAAAGAAUUGCGUAAACUGGGUGCUGAUUAUUUGACAAUAGAAGCUACAUACGUACCCGAUAUCGCUUAUACAUCGAUUAAAAAACAAAGAGAGUCGCAAGAACUUUGUGAAGACAAAGGAGUUACUGGACUCAAUUAUGAAUUACAGUACCUUCCAGAGAAUGAAGAAUACACUGAUUACACAUGCAAAAAAGGCUCAGGAGACCUUUUAUGGUCACAAUUUGUCAGUGCUCCUGGGCCCAAAAGUUUUGCUGGAUCCAGUGAUAAUGAAAAGAAUCUUGUCAGUUUCUUGUGA